AAGGACGCAGAGACCUCCUGAAGUCAACCACCAUAGUCUCAGCUGGCUCUUCGCUAUCAGCUAACAUGGAAAGCGAAACAGACCCGCUUAUUCAAAAUGGUAGCCAACGGAACUAUGCUCACGACGACGACGAACAUGAAGCGUACAAAACACGUUCUCGUGCUCUGAUAGUCCGUGCCACGGUUUGGAGUGUGUUGAUACUUCUCUUCGUGGCCGGUCUCGUGCUUGUCUUCGCAUUCAGUGACUUCCUUUCGCACUUCCCGUGGUCAGGAGGAUUGCCCAAGGAUCCGGAGCUGGCUGCCAGGAGAAUCAUGAGGUCCGCUCCGGUUAUUGAUGGUCACAUUGAUUUACCCUAUGUCGUUCGCCUCGGUUACCGCAACAAUGUUUCUGCCGUAGACCUCGAAGCCCCUAUGCCUUUGCAAGUCGACAUUCCACGUUUGAGAAAAGGCAUGGUCGGGGGAUUUUUCUGGUCAGUAUUUGUUGAAUGUCCAAAAGAUAGCAAGGACGACGACGACUUCCUUACUUCCAGUUGGCGUGUUCGGGACACACUCGAGCAAAUCGAUUCUGCUAAGCUCCUAAUCCAAAAAUAUCCCGAUACAUUCCAGUUCGCGACAGGCACGGAGGACAUCAGGUCGUCUAUCCGCGAUGGCAAGAUUGCCAGUCUCAUGGGUGUUGAAGGGGGCCAUCAACUGGGUAAUUCUAUCGCUGUGCUUCGCCAGUACCAUGCCCUGGGGGUUCGCUACGUCACUCUGACUCACAGCUGCCACAAUGCGUUUGCCGACUCGUGUGGGAUGAUGGACGGUAUAGAGCCUCUACACUGGGGUCUAAGUGCUUUAGGGAGAAAAUUGAUUGACGAGAUGAACCGACUUGGUGUCCUGGUUGAUCUCUCGCAUACAUCGGACGACACUGCUGCCCAGGCCCUGACGUAUUCUAAAGCUCCUGUUAUCUGGUCCCAUUCUUCCGCGCGAGCUGUUCAUAACGUCCCUCGUAAUGUCCCUGAUUAUGUACUGAGGCUUAUCGGUACAGGGAAAGGUCAACGGGAUGGUGUUGUCAUGGUCAACUUUGCUCCCGGUUUUGUCGCUCCUGAAGGAAAAGCAACCGUGAAGGCUGUCGCCAACCAUGUUGAACAUAUAGCGAAUGUUGCCGGGAAGAAACGCGUUGGCAUUGGAAGCGACUAUGAUGGAAUUGGUACCGAAGUGCCGAAGGGCUUGGAAGAUGUGUCAAAGUAUCCAGCACUGAUCGCCGAAUUGUACAGUCGUGGGUGGAACAAGUAUGAGCUUGCGGGCCUUACUGGAGGGAACCUCUUGCGGGUCUUUGCUGGUGCCGAGCAAGUGUCGAGAGAACUACAAGAGUCCGGGGCUGCUCCGGUGUAUGACUUGUAUGACCAGAGAAAGGACAUUCCUCCUUGGAGGCAAGAGCUGUAGUUGCUGAGCUAGGCCAGAGUUUCAUUCACGACAAUCUUUCAUUGUUUUUCUACUAGCCACUUUGUUGUUCUUAUCCGCAUUGCUGUACACAUGUAGGGCUACCAGCAUAUGUUAUAUUUUGUUUGUUUUAGUAUGUUAGGGACCUAACCCUAAUCAGGGGUAUAUGCCGUACAACACAAGUU